UCGGCGAGUUGUGCGCUGAACAAGGUUCACCGGGUUACGGGCAUACCUUCAGACAUAGCACAAGAGCGAACUUACUCACCAAAUGGUGACUACUUGUUGCGUAUUGGGAUGUACUACUCGCGCAACGACUGGAAGUGGCAUCGGUUUCUUUCGAUUCCCGAAGCAUGAUCCUGAACGAUGCCGACAGUGGAUUCGCGCUGUUCGAAGGCGAAACUGGGAACCAACUGACAACGACCGGCUUUGCGGCAAGCACUUCUUGCAGGUUCUCUGCAGUCAUUCCCAUUGCAAAUUUCAAUUUUGCAAGCUUACUCCGGAUGAAAAUGUCUGGCAUCGACCCCAAUGCAGGAGAACCUUGUCACAGGUACAAAAACCAUCCAGACUGGAUUCCCUCCCUGUUUUCUUUCACCAAACGGAACCGACAGCUUGAAGCCCGGAACCUCAAGCGAUUUGAGAGGAGUCAGAAACGGCUGCGGCGCUUUGUUGUACACGCCACAAGCUCUUCUGCGCCCAGCACCAUGCCAUCAAACAGCUCCAGCAGCUCAGAAUCUUCUUCAAAGCCUUCCAGUAUAGCUCCAGCCCAGAGCUGCACUGUACGAGGACACUUUCCAACGCCUCCUAUUCCUGGUAUGCCUACUCAAGCGUUUGUGGUCAACAGCGACGGAAGUCUUGGAAGCACCUACACCACAACAGUUAAGGGUCCCACUUUCCUGCUAUGCAAUGGCUCUGGAACUCCAAGGCUCGUGAAUCAGGAGUUGGAAACCAACCAGGUGGUGAUUCUUCUCAGCCCGGCAGGAGCGUCGCCAGCAGCCGUCGCACCAACCACGACUGUAAUGUCCAACAAUACUCCCAUCAUUCACCACAUUGUGACCAGCACACAGCUUGGGCCUUCAGAAUUGCCGAGGGCUUUGCCAGCCUCAGGAGGCAGUGAGCAAGAAAAGGCAGCACCACAGAUCCGUGUCACCAAGGUCUGGAGCACAGCCUCAGAGUCGACCUUGUCUACAAGUGAGGAGGAGGCUGAGCCAGGUGUCGUGAGAGAAGGUGAUACCGAUGAGCAAAUGUCACCAUUAACAGAAGGAUCAUACUUCUGGAGCGCCAAUGCCCAACGUGUGAGUCUUGCACUGGAGGACGCCGAGCGGGCUAAGAAACCCUACGUUGGCCUCGCAGUACGAGUCAACCUCAACACCUAUGUUCGGCUCCUCAUGGACAACAUGGUGCGCUGUGUUAUCGUAGCUGGUAUGGGCUGCAGAAUCUGCAUUAUAUCUCGUCGUAACCGUGCCCUCUUGCUCCGGCGAUUCCUCCACAAAGGCACACUCACCGCUCUCGAGGUCACGCCCCGACUCGUCCACGGCUAG